CGCUCAGUGACGUAGAUCUCUGGAGCCGGAAGAGGAAAAUUUGUAGUCGUUAUGAAUCAGUGUCUGAGAAGCAACAACAAGCCACGAAGAGAACCAGAUCUUUGAAGAAGUAACCCUCACCAACUGAGAAGAUGCAUGGACGACUGAAGAUCAAAUCUACAGCCCAGCAGGAGGAGGAGAAAAGAAAGGAGCGAGAGAAGAAGCUGAAGGUUUACGUGGCCGUACGAGACUCCUGUUUUUCUAAGAGGAAGGAGGGCAUCUGGGAUGAUGAAGCUCUCCAGCUGACCCAGCAGCUGCUGUCAUCCAACCCAGACUUUGCAACCCUCUGGAACUACAGAAGAGAAAUCCUAAUGCACCUGGAGACUGUGAAGGACGAGGAUGAAGUGCAAAAGGUUUACGUGGCCGAGCUGUCGUUUUUAGAGUCUUGUCUGAAGAUUAACCCGAAGUCGUACGGCAGUUGGUACCACAGGGGGUGGGUCUCGGUCCGCUUGCCUCGACCGGAUUGGGCCAGAGAGCUGAGCCUGUGUGAUCGCUGCCUCAGCCUGGACGACCGCAACUUCCAUUGUUGGGAUUAUCGCAGGAUGGUUGUGAAGAUGUCUGGCGUGCCCGUGGAUCAGGAGUUGCAGUUCACCGAUCGUCUCAUCGGCUCUAACUUUUCCAACUACUCCAGCUGGCACUACCGUAGCACCUUGCUGCCGCUCCUCCACCCGGUGUCUCCUGAGCCCUCGUCACCGUGCCACAAGCCCCCUCACACCUCCCCUCCACCUUCUCCGCAAACCCACUCCCAUCGCGUCUGUGAAGAGCAGCUACUCAAAGAAUAUGAACUUGUACAGAACGCUUUCUUCACCGACCCCAAUGACCAGAGUGCUUGGUUCUACUAUCGGUGGCUGCUAGGCAGAGCCGAACGUGAGGAGAUGAUAAGCUGCGUGUACGUCAGUCGGGAUGAGGAGAGAGUGGCUGUUGCCUUCUCCAGGCCUGUUAAUGCGCUGUCGGUGGGUCUGCUGCUGGUCCUUGACGGUAAGCCCCAGAGAUUGGAGUGGAGGAGUGUGCACCCCCGCUUUAAACACAGCCCUGUCUGGAUUUGUGAUUUUCCUCCUGGAUCGAUAAGCGACAUCACUAACGAACACAAUCUGACCGUGCACUGGACUGAAAAACCCACUCGCAGGGACUGUGCUCUCUACACAGGUCGAACCGAGAGUUAUUGUCGGGACUCUGCUACGGAUCAGGAACUCUUUAGGAGUGAGCUGUCAGUAGAGAAAACCUCAGUGUUACAGUCGGAGCUACACUCAUGCAAUCAGCUACAAGAACUGGAGCCGCUCAAUAAGUGGUGCUUACUGACCAUUAUCCUCCUGAUGAGGGCGCUAGACCCUCUGGGAUACGAGAAGGAGACGCUUGAUCAUUUCCAAACACUGAGAGAUGUUGAUACCAUGCGCUCUGAGUAUUACAGUGACCUGUGCAGCAAGUUCAUGAUCGAAAACACCAUCAUGAAAAUGGAGUAUGCUGAAGUGCGCGUCUUCAGCAUCUCGGACAAGAAACUGACCACUUUGUGCCAUCUGGACCAGUUGUUAGUGGUCACCCAUAUCAAUCUGUCGUCGAAUCAGCUGCAGCGCUUGCCUCCUGAGUUCGCUAUGUUGCAGUGUCUCGAGGUCUUAGAGGCUGAUAACAACUCCAUAGAAAACCUGGAGGGCCUGUAUCACCUUCCUAAACUGGAGGAAGUCUCCUUGAAGAAUAACAAAAUCUCGACACUGGCAGAUCUUCAGCCGCUGGCCUCCUGCCCCAAGCUGAAGUGCCUCGAUCUCCGUGGCAACCCCGUCACUCAGAUCGCCAACCUCGAGUCAGAGUUGGCCGAGCUGCUGCCUUCAGUCACAGACCUGCUGCUCUGAUCAGGCAGAGAGCAGGAAUCACUGCCACCGUCGUUCUGUCUUUCAACUGUCCUUCACUUUCUCAAGUGUUUGUUUGUGAAAGAGCAAGUGGGUGUUUGUUUUUAUUUUCUUCAAGUAUCUCGUGGCUCUGUUUGUUCCACUUGUUUGGGAGAACGUCAAUCACAGUGACCUCGAGGGUCUGAGAGCCUCAUGCUUCACAGCGUGUGUCACAAACACCUGAACUGAAUUGUCUAGAAUAAUGUGUGUGAGUGCUUGAUAACCAAUGUUGCUUUUCUUCAAUUGUGUGUGCGUACAGAUGUCUUUAACUUAAACAACACACCCAGAUGCAUGCAGAAACAGUAAUAAAUAAAACGGCCUGGCAUGCAGCGAUGCUGGCUUAUUGCUUGAUAAGCUUUAAAACGGUUGAAUUAGUGAAAAAAAGCUAUUAGCUGAUCAUCAGAGCACUGCAUAGUUCUCAAGCAAUUUUUUUUUUAAAGGUUGUGUAAAGCAUAAUAUAUGACAAUAUACUGUUGCACAGUAUGUCACAGAUCCACUAAUAAAACAGCACACAUUGUGUCACUGCCUUC